CAAAAACAUGACUGGAAAUAGCGACUACAGCAGAUACGAUGUGUCACGCCUGCAAGCGGAACUUGAGCAAGAGAGGGACACGAAAGAAAUGCUUGAAGAGUCUGUGUCAGAUCUGCGGAUUACAAUGUGUGAACUGCAAGAAAGACUGCACAGUGUCGACGGGGAAGGAAAUGAAUGGAAGACAAGGUAUGAGACACAGAUUGAGCUAAAUGGACAGCUGGACAGACAGAUGUCACUCAUUCAUGAGAGACUGGAGGACCUACGAGGAAACCCCAUGGAUAGAUUGGCCUCCAUCCGAACCUAUGAUGACAUGCCAGAGGAAACACUGAAACAGCGUCUGAAGCUCCUGACGGAAGAGAAAGCUGACCUCCAGGGUCAGCUGAUGGACUGUCAUAGCAGGAUGGAACAGGAGGGAAAGGCAUUUCAUAAAACCAAUGAUGAGAGGCGGGCUUAUCUUUCAGAAAUUGCUAAGCUGUCCUCCACCCUUGAAGCCCAAAGAAGACAGUACUCCACCCAGCCACAGAGGGCACCAGAGAGCAAACAGAGGAGAGGGAGGCAGCCCAGCAGGAAGGCAGAGGCUGACUCUAAGAAAGGAAAAAAGAGAGAAGAAGAUGGAGGAGGAGUGUGUGUGAAAGGAGGAGGAGGUGGUGGAGCAACAGCAGAGAGAAGAGAAGAAUAUAAUUCCCAGAGGGAAAGCAGGUUACCCACACUUAAGUACUAUGUGAAACACAAUCCUUGA